CCCAAUGCCCAGGGAUACCAGGUUACUCCUAUGAGGCCCCAACAUCAGACCGCCCGGUUGGCCAAUGGCUAUCCGGUCGGCAAAACGACAUUUGAGAUAUUACCACAUCGGUAUGGGUUGCUCUCGCCUCUCCGUCUAGUUGUUAAACUCCCUUAUUGAAUCAUUCUACCAGCUACCAGCCACGUACUCUAACGUCCGCCUUUCGCGGCCGGAGAGGGCUCUCCGCAUGUAUGGGCACAGCGAUGUCCAUUGUCCUCCUCGUCGGUUUUCUCCUCUGGACCACCUGCACGAUAGAGUCUCCGAUAUCCCCGUUCAUAUACUUCUCCAAAAGCGGAGAUCUUCAGGUCGAAACCGUGCGUUAUUAUGAUCUUGCCGACGUACAAGGCUCUGCUCGAGGCUGGGAACGGGAAGAGCGCAUCCUGUUGUGCGUCCCUCUUCGCGACGCCGAACCUCACCUCCAUAUGUUCUUCUCCCAUCUGAGGAACUUCACCUACCCUCACCACCUCAUAGACCUCGCAUUCCUCGUUUCCGACUCGAAGGAUAGGACGCUUGAAGUCCUCGCUGACAAUCUCGAGGCGAUCCAAUCCUCGGAGGAUCCAGAACAGCCUUAUGGGGAGAUAUCAAUCAUGGAAAAAGACUUUGGGCAAAAAGUCAACCAAGAUGUUGAGAGCCGACACGGGUUCGCGGCGCAGGCCAGCAGGAGAAAGCUAAUGGCGCAGGCACGUAAUUGGCUAUUGAGUGCGGCACUGCGACCCUACCACUCAUGGGUGUAUUGGAGGGAUGUUGACGUGGAAACGGCACCGUAUACUAUUCUCGAGGAUCUGAUGCGUCAUAACAGAGACGUCAUUGUCCCGAAUGUAUGGCGGCCACUUCCGGAUUGGAUGGGUGGGGAACAGCCAUACGACCUCAAUUCGUGGCAAGAGUCCGAAACUGCGCUUGCUCUGGCAGAUACCCUGGAUGAGGAUGCCGUCAUUGUAGAGGGCUACGCAGAAUACGCAACCUGGCGUCCACAUCUUGCAUAUUUGCGGGACCCUAACGGUGAUCCAGGCAUGGAAAUGGAGAUCGAUGGCGUUGGUGGCGUUAGCAUUCUAGCAAAGGCCAGGGUGUUCCGAUCAGGUGUCCAUUUCCCUGCGUUUAGCUUCGAGAAGCAUGCAGAGACAGAAGGGUUUGGAAAGGUGAGCCAGGCCGGCCAUGUCCGUUAAAGUUCGUGUGAUGCUAAGCUUCCCGCAGAUGGCUAAACGUAUGCACUACACCGUAGUCGGCCUACCCCAUUAUACCAUCUGGCACUUGUACGAGCCAAGUAUCGAUGACAUCAAGCAGAUGGAGGUGAGUGUACACAGCGUUACGCCAUGGGCUGUGGCAUUUGCUAACAUGUUCUAGGCAAGGGAACAACAGAUAAGAGAGCAAGCUGAGGCAGAAAAGGAGAGCGCAGCAAAGUCUAAGCAGAUAAAACAGGAGUUUGCAGACCCCA